AUGAUGAUGUUAAAUUUCUCAAUUGUGCUCUUGUUACUCACAACAGCCUUGGUCGAUGCUGCUAAGACUGGGGAGGGCUGCCCAAAGGAUAGACUACCUGUCUGCUUCAAGCCCAUUGACUACAAGAACCAAGACCCAAAAGUAACAAAUCUUCCAGGCCAGUUCCCACCUAAAACGGGAGGCUGCCUCACAAAUAGUCCAGGUAGCGAUAAUCCAGAUGUCAAUGAUGCUGCUUUUUGGGGCACUCGAUGCUGUCUACGAAAAGUGUUGAAAGAUAAUAACAUAGUUAAGGAACCAUUUGAUGCUGGAAAGGCAUUCACUAUUCCCAAGAAAAUGCUGGUCAAUGGUCCAAUUGAUAAACCAAACCAAGCCGCAGAUGCAGUUUGUAAUUGA